AUGAAAAAAAUUGUCAAUCAAAGUUACGAAACAACGAUCGAACUCGCCAACACCUUCCAGCAGCCAGCGGCGGCAACCCGCCUUCAACGCAUACGUCAGUACUUCAUUUCGCAAGAAGUUUUCGCCACACUCCAGCCGCUCUUCCUGUUCACCUACAUCUACGGUCUGACACCGUUUCGCAUUGUAAAGCGUCGUAACGGUACCAGCGAGAUACGCGCGUCCUGCUUCGGCUUUUGCAACACGGCCGCCUAUGUGAUGCUUUACGGCGUUUGCUUUCUUAAUUCACUGUUGAAUGCCGAAUCUGUCGUGGGCUACUUUUUACGCACGAACAUCUCUAUUGUGGGUGAUACACUGCAGAUAUGUAACGGUAUUGUCACCGGUAUUGUCAUCUAUACGACGGCAUUGACCCAGCGUUGUAAGAUGCGCCGCAUAAUUGAGGUGUUCAACGAGUUGGAUUUGAAUUUUGCGAAUAUUGGAGUGCGUGUAAAGUAUUCGCGUAUUUACCGUUAUGCACUGGUGCUGAUCGUUGCGAAAACGCUGAUAAUUGCGAUCUAUUGUGGGGGUGUUUAUUUGCUUUUGCGUUCGGCGCAAGUGACGCCGUCGUUGUGUGUGUACAUCGCAUUCGUUUUGCAACAUUCGGUGUUGUUCUUGGCAAUUUGCCUCUUUUGUUUUAUAGCGCGAGGCUUUGAGCGCCGUCUGGUCAUACUCAAUAAGGUCUUGUCUUCAAUAGUAGUUACCAUUAUUGCAGCGAAAUAUCAACUAAAUUAA